CCUACACAAGACUUCACAAUCAUCUUAUCUGAUCAAAACACAUACACACUGGACCUCAUACUUGACUGUGUUUAGAUGCCUCAGUAACCAUGACACAGCGGCAACGCAAGUGGCAUACGAAGACACGGACUGGCUGUAAAACAUGCAAGAUUAGGAAGAAGAAAUGCGACGAAACGAAACCGAGAUGUAAUCGAUGCAUCAAAGACAAGUUCACCUGUGAUGGCUACGAGCCUCCACGAGCGUGGUUGUUCACUCCUCUCUCUGAAGAAGAGGACGUGAAGUUGACGCCAGAUUCCGAGAAGACUGAUGAAUCUUCAGAGGCGUCAUUCAACAGCCACCACUAUGUGCCAUGUUCAGGAUAUGUACGCGCAGACUCUGGCUCGAUGCCGGACGCUCUCUCUAUCUUAGCACCAUCAAGUCCUUGGACUUCUGAAACGGAUCGAAACUUCUGCCAGUAUUUCCUCCUGCAAUUCGCCCCUAUGCUCACUACAACACAACAAUGGGGCUACUUCUGGAGAUCUUUAGUCCCUCAAGCAGCGUGGCUAGACACCGCUAUCAACCACGCUAUGGUUGCUGUUGCAGCUACCUAUGAAUCUAGGAAAUCUGGGAUUGAUCGAACCGAGUUGAUAUUGCAUCGAAGUAACCAGGCUAUUCGUGCCUUCACGGCCAGCCAGGCAUCCACUGAUGUGGCCUUGAUUCUGUGCCGGCUCCUUUCGUCAAUGGCUCAAUGCAAUGGGGAUUAUCGUACUGCGACCAUGCACAUGAAUUCUGGUCAGAAAAUUCUGCAAGAGGUCACUCGAACGCGCAAAGCCGAAUCUUCUGACGUUAUACGUCUGAUGGCACCGACCUUAAUGGCACUCUCUACAUACACAAUCGAUGACUCUGGCUUUAUGACAAGAAUUACCCCCGAAAAAUGGGAGACGUUCCAUACUCUCAAAACCAUACGUUUGGAGUAUGGACGGUUACUGCACUCGUUUUCUUCUGGAAUUUGGAAACGGGCAGAUUCUUUAACGAAUUCUCUAAUGAGCAUAGCCUGGAGCACGCUUACUCAAGCAUUCAGUUCAGUUCUGCACCCUGACAUCGUCUCAUUUACCAACGAUCCUGUCGUGCCAGUCUCUCAAAUCAUUCGUCAACUACAAGCGGACAUGGCUGUGCUUUCUAUCGAUGAGCUCAAUACACAGUUUCGGGCUCUGUUCCGCGAAAUGCAGUACUGCCUCACUACGAUGGACGGGCCGGUAGGUCUCACAGAGGAUAAAAGACAACACCUGAAGCGUUUAGUUGAGAACUACGUCGUACAGGCCGCCGAAGUCGAACCAAGAAUGACAGCAGGAACGUUCUGGUAUGAGUACAACUUCCCGCAUUGUUGCAUCGACAGCCAUUUGAGCAAGUCUAACGACAGCAUACGGGAGGCAUCGCUGGCAUGUCAUUGCAAUCGUGAUGCGAUCGAAUUCGAGCGCCGGAAACGUGAUUUCUAUAUGGAACAUGUAUGCCAGUAUCGAAGCGGGUUCAUGCCGGCGUCCACUAAUCACGAGAGCCAUUCGCUUUCAGCUCGCGCACAAUCAGGCAAAGGUUCGGCUUGUUUGGUCGAUGUCACUCUGGGAGCACCCAAUCACUACACCUAUCAAAUAACCUUUACUGGCUGACGUGCUCUGAAUCUCUACCAAUUGCUCUCAGCGGAGAACCAAACAUCCACAGAAUCACAGGUGUAGGCCAACCCAAUAUCACAACAAGGAGUGCGAGUAAGGUAUUUCCCCAGCCAUAGCCCAGCUCCUGAUAUAAGUGAGGCGCGAAGAUUGGAAAGAUAAACCCCAAGAGAUAUGACAGACAUCUUGAUGCCGCAUUCGCAGAAGCUGCAUGCUUCACGAAUUCGUCAAGCAAAUACGCGAUCAUGGCCUGCGCCCACAUGAAACUUCCCACGACGAAAAUUGUAACGCCCAGAUCGACAACAAUCCAAUGCGUGUGGCGUUCAGCCGACCAGCCAUACCAAACAAGUCCAACGGGCAUGAGGAAAACUCCAGGCACCAUCAUCGGCACACGGUAUUCUGGAGUGACACUUCCACCUGCCCUUUCUCGGAGCCGCUGCCAGAUGAAGUCAGUCAGCCGUCCUCCCCCUUGCGUUGCUAUCGUGCAUCCGACAGCGAUAGCGAUGUAAUGUAGACUGCUUAUGAAGGCCGAUUGGCGGUAUUGAUCCAUCCAAAGCACAGCGAAUGUCGAAAGAGUGAUGCUAUACACACCGAAACUCAGACCCAUUAGCAAUGAGAAGACUUGUACUAUAGGUCGCCGACAAAGGAGAGAGACAGGCCUCCCGAUAUUGCCCUUCAAUCGAUUUAGUGCUUUCAAACACUUUCUCACAAAUCCUUUGUCGCGAUUUCCCUCGUCGUUCAGCAGUCGUCGUCUCAGAAUUGGUUCGUACGUCUCGCGCAGCGUGAAAAAGGCGACAAGCAAAACGAAUGCAUCGAAGAUUGAGAGUACCCAAAACAGCCACUGCCAUCCUGUAUGCUGGGUCAUGACCCCUCCUAUUACAGGUCCAAUGGCAGGCCCGAAAUAUGGAGCGAACGUCGCCACGGCAAGCGAUCGACCACGUUCUUCGGGGCCAUACAUGUCCGCUACAAUUGGGCUAGAGAGCUGAUUUGUGCGUUAGCUUUGGACAGACUCCUGCUCCCAACAGAAACACUUACAGCAACACCCACGCUUGCCCCGACACCCGACAGGAAUCUUCCUGCGAUCAUUAAUCCCGGAGAACUGCCCACCGGGCAGAGUGUGUUCCAUAAGAUAUAAAAUAUAUGUGAACACAUCCAGACCGGCCUCCUGCCGAAGGUCUCUGAACAGGCAGCAAUGAGGAAUGGCCCCAGUCCGAGACCAAGCAUGUAUAUUGAGAAAACAAUCUGCGUGGUGGAUGUGUCUAGGUCAAGAUCGCGAGCUAUGACCUGUAGAGCUGGUGAUAUGACGCUCGCACUCAUCAAAGCGAUAAGCUGACUGAAGGAAACAAGGACUGCGGUGAAGAUUUUGCGUCGGGCUGACCAGGCUCGAGGAUCAUCAUAGACAUCAGGAAGGAUAAGAGGAACCUGCAGUACACUCAGUUAGUCGUGUCGAGUGCAGAGACGGAUAGGAGAUGGAUGGAUGUACCACAGAUGUCACAUUUGGAUCACUUGUGGUAUGCGUGGCGGUCGUGGCGGUCGCAGUCUUCUCAACAUCCUGGGACGUUGGGGAAGUGUCAACAAUGUCUUGGGACUUUCUGACAACAGUGUGUUCAGAUGCCAUUAUUGCUAUUAGCACUGCGGGCUGUUCUUGGGAUCGAAGAGAUUUACAGAGGUAAAUGAAAGCUACAUCAGAGGUAUUCCAUCACGGCCAUCCGCCUGUUUUAUAUACGUUGCAUUGUAUUGCGUACAUAGGAAGAAAACAACCCCCCCGAAUACCUGGACUUCUGCUACGUCUGACCCUACGGACUGUCAAUAUCGAAAACAU